UUAGUUUCCGCGGUCUGCUCGUAUUGUAUUCGGGAAAAACAGUUUAGACAUGUCUCGAAAACGUUUCGCUUAGUGCUACGCGUGUUUUGUUGUCAACAUUAUUAUGUCGCGUUAUCGUUCUGAUCCGGAAUCUCUAGACGCGGAAAAACCGAGCCCUUGUACCAAUUUUCUCCACUACAGUUGGAAAACGGUGACCUGCCUCUUCUCCCACGCAACCCUUAUCACCAUGGUGGUUUCUUAUUGCGUCCUGGGGGCGUUUACGUUCGAAGCCCUCGAAGCGGAUCACGAGAGAGAGGUGAAGAAAGGCAUACGGAAAAUCAGAGAAAACACUACUUUCUACCUGUGGAACUUUACGAAGUACGAGCUGCGAGCUUUGAAGGAGGAUAAUUUUACGCCGAAAGCUUUGGUGUACCUCAAGGAGUUCGAGGGAGCGCUCCUCAAGGCCAUCACCAAGGACGGUUGGGAUGGGGUCGAAGAACAGGAGAAGGUACAGUGGACCAGCACCGGGGCCUUGUUCUAUUCAAUAGUAGUAAUAACUACAAUAGGCUACGGUCAUCUGACCCCGAAAACGACAUGGGGCAAAGUGGUGACCAUUUUCUACGCCAUCCUCGGCAUCCCUUUGAUGUUACUCUGUCUGUCCAACAUAGGGGACGUUAUGGCGACUUCUUUCCGUUUCCUGUACUGGCGCGUGUGCUGCUACGUAUGCCAGAAGAAGCCGAAGAAGAUGAAACGUGCCAGAUCUAUUAGGGUGCAGCCCAACAGAAGCGAUAACAGAUUCGUGCGGUCCAAGUCCGCGUCCAUACGAAGGUCGAUGAGGACGUCCGGUAAGUCUACAGACAGCGGGUACGGGAUCUCGGAGACGGGGCCAGGCUAUCAUUCUGAUACUGACUUGAGGUACGGCAACGACACGCGUGAAAAUAAAGCCCUGCACAAGAGAGGUUCGAGUUUGCCGUCUCGACCCAAUAGGUUCUCGACCAAUAGACGAUCGCAGACGGCAAACCACGAGGUUCCUCUCCCGGGCGACUUUCGGAGCGCCAGGGGCGGCUCGUUGGAUAAUAAAAAGUCGGGCAAGGCGCCGCGGGACGCUGCUAUCGACCUGGAUCCCGCCCUGUUGGACAACACGCCGGUGCUGUGCAACAAAUACGUCGUAGGCAAUGAUGUCAUCGCCAACAACGUGCCAGGCAAUCCUUUGUCCGUAGGUAUCACCUUAAGGGCCGAAGAGGGUCAAGGCAAAAGACAUCCUCAAGGUCGGCGGGCGGUGUCCGUGCCGAAGACAUCAAAAUAUUUGGAGAUCCCCAGCAUCGAGACACCAGAUUACGACGUCUCGGACAGAGAAGACGAACAUUCGCUGAAGAGCCGACCCAGAAUCAAACCAAAUUCUAGGUCACGUUCCAGAAGCCCCAUGCCCAUCUCGAGCCCGAAAAUGAUGACUCCAUUGGGAUACGGUCAUCGGAACAAGUACCUCGACGACCCCGAUUCGGACGACUACGAUGACUACGAGUACUACGAGGCGCGAGGCAAACCGAAGAAGAAACACGUACCUAUUUGGUUGUGCGUGCUCUUGGUGAUCAGUUACAUCUUGGCGGGGGCUUACCUCUUCAAAACAUCCGAGCAAUGGGAUUAUCUGGACGCUGCCUAUUUUUGCUUUAUCACAUUGACGACAAUAGGGUUUGGGGACCUGGUACCUGCCAAAGGGGUCAGCCAAGACGGGUACGAUGCGACUAUCAGUAUCGCCCUCUGCUCGCUUUAUCUUCUUUUUGGCAUAUCUCUGCUGGCGAUGAGCUUCAAUCUGGUGCAGGAAGAGGUCAUCUCUAACGUGAAGAGUGUUGCUAAGACGCUGGGCAUUAUCAAGUCGGAGUCAGACGAGUCCGAAGACGAAGACUGACCAAGUUUCGCUGUUGUGUUAAUAACAUAAUAAGAAUAGUAUUGACAAUAUUUGUGGUUUUCAUUGCCUUGCAGACCGCCAUUUGCAACACAAUAGUGUUUUUUUGCAAAUUUUAUGCCUUAAAAAUUAAGAAAUCUCUUGGAUCUCACUGGGCUUCACUUAAAAAAAAACAAUAUGAUUUUUUAAAUUUUAUUUUUCUCGCCAAGUUAGGAACUACUCUGUAUAUAAGUUGUCUUAUAUGUGUUUUCCCAAACUUUUCACUCGUGCUGUGUAAAGUAGACAGUGCUUACGUACUUACGGGUUGCUGGAUAUAAUACUGGUAAUUCUCCAAUUACUGACUACAAAUCUAACUGAUAAUUAAUUAAAAUAUAAUUUGAUUAAUUUAAUGUUCAUUACUUAUUUAAUUGCAGUUUAAUUGUUU